UUUUAUAUCAUUCAUAUUUAUCUCCUACAAUUUCUUUGUAUUUAUAAGUGCAAUGUUAUAAAUGCCAUAUUCAAGAAAGAGCACAUGUCUAUCUGCAUACAUACUUCGAAAUAAUUUGAGACAAUUAUAAUAAAAAUUAUUUAACAAGAAAUGAUGUCCGAAAACAAUAUUGCUUGGAUUGAUAUGGAGAUGACUGGGCUUGAUCCACUGUCAGAUCACGUAUUAGAAAUUGCAUGUAUUAUAACAGACGAGAAAUUAAAUAUUAUCAGCGACGAAUUGAAUAUCGUAGUACAUCAGCCAGAUACGAUUCUAUCCCAGAUGAAUGAAUGGUGUAUGAAGCAUCAUGCAAAGAGUGGAUUGAUCAAAGAUUCACGUUCAAGUACAGUAAGCAUACACGAAGCUGGAGAGAAAGUAUAUGAAUUUUUAAAAAAAUACACUCCCACGCAUAAAUGCCCGUUGGCUGGAAAUACAGUGUACAUGGAUCGCUUAUUUUUACAGAAAUACAUGCCACAAGUUAAUGAACAUCUUCAUUAUAGAGUCAUUGACGUCAGUUCAAUCAAGGAACUUGCCAAGAGGUGGAAACCAGAUGUGUAUAAAUCCUUACCAAAGAAGCAAUUAGAACAUAGAGCUUUGAGCGAUAUAAAAGAAAGUAUUUCGGAGCUGACUUACUAUCAAAAACAUUUAUUUAUGUUAUAAUGGUAACAAUUGUGCGCUAUAAUGCUGUAAAUCGUUGUUUAGUUCAAAGUGUACAUAUACUUAUCAAUGUAUCCAGAAUAAAAUCUCAGUUUUUCAG